AUGGCCGGGACGAACAAUAGAGUGAUCGUUACUGCAAUCAACACGCUUUCUGCUGCAAAUGGCUUGACAACCAUCAUUGUUCCGGAUGACCAUCUUACUGUUCAUGCAAUGGCAACAUCGACCCCUGCAACACCUAUGCCUCGACCAGACACUGGCAGUGUUCCGUCUUACAUUCUUGCUGACUUGCUGUCCACGCCCCCAGCUGUCCACGCCCCCAGCUGUCCGCGCCACCAGCUGUCCACGCCCCCAACUGUCCACGCCCCCAGCUGUCCGCGCCCCAGCUGUCCACGCCCCCAGCUGUCCACGCCCCAGCUGUCCGCGCCCCCAGCUGUCUACGCCCCCAGCUGUCUACGCCCCAACUGUCCACGCCCCCAGCUGUCCACGCCCCCAGCUGUCCACGCCCCCAGCUGUCCGCGCCACCAGCUGUCCACGCCCCCAGCUGUCCACGCCCCAGCUGUCCGCGCCCCCAGCUGUCUACGCCCCCAGCUGUCCACGCCCCCAGCUGUCCACGCCCCCAGCUGUCCACGCCCCCAGCUGUCCGCGCCACCAGCUGUCCACGCCCCCAACUGUCCACGCCCCCAGCUGUACGCGCCCCCAGCUGUCCACGCCCCCAGCUGUCCGCGCCACCAGCUGUCCACGCCCCCAACUGUCCACGCCCCCAGCUGUACGCGCCCCCAGCUGUCUACGCCCCCAGCUGUCCACGCCCCCAGCUGUCCACGCCCCCAGCUGUACGCGCCCCCAGCUGUCCACGCCACCAGCUGUCCGCGCCACCAGCUGUCCGCGCCACCAUCUGUCCACGCCCCAGCUGUCCACACUCCCAGCUGUCCACGCCACCAGCUGUCCGCGCCACCAGCUGUCCGCGCCACCAGCUGUCCACGCCCCAGCUGUCCGCGCCCCCAGCUGUCCACGCCCCCAGCUGUCCACGCCCCCAGCUGUCCACGCCCCCAGCUGUCCACGCCCCCAGCUGUCCACGCCCCCAGCUGUCCACGCCCCCAGCUGUCCACGCCCCCAGCUGUCUGCGCCCCCAACUGUCCACGCCAUCAGCUGUCCUCGCCACCAGCUGUCCUCGCCACCAGCUGUCCGCGCCACCAGCUGUCCGCGCCACCAGCUGUCCACGCCACCAGCUGUCCGCGCCACCAGCUCUCCACCCCACCAGCUGUCCACGCCCCCAGCUGUCCGCGCCCCCUGCUGUCUACGCCCCCAGCUGUCUACGCCCCAGCUGUCCACACCCCCAGCUGUCCACGCCUCCAGCUGUCCACGCCCCCAGCUGUCCACACCCCCAGCUGUCCACGCCCCCAGCUGUCUACGCCCCAGCUGUCCACACCCCCACCUGUCCACGCCCCCAGCUGUCUACGCUACCAGCUGUCCACGCCUCCAGCUGUCCGCGCCACCAGCUGUCCACGCCACCAGCUGUCCACGCCACCAGCUGUCCACGCCACCAGCUGUCCGCGCCACCAGCUGUCCGCGCCACCAGCUGUCCGCGCCCCCAGCUGUCCUCGCCACCAGCUGUCCACGCCACCAGCUGUCCGCGCCCCCAGCUGUCCGCGCCACCAGCUGUCCACCCCACCAGCUGUCCACGCCCCCAGCUGUCCGCGCCCCCUGCUGUCUACGCCCCCAGCUGUCUACGCCCCAGCUGUCCACACCCCCAGCUGUCCACGCCCCCAGCUGUCCACGCCCCCAGCUGUCCACGCCCCAGCUGUCCGCGCCCCUAGCUUUCUACGCCCCCAGCUGUCAACGCCCCAGCUGUCCACACCCCCACCUGUCCACGCCCCCAGCUGUCUACGCUACCAGCUGUCCACGCCACCAGCUGUCCGCGCCACCAGCUGUCCACGCCACCAGCUGUCCGCGCCACCAGCUGUCCUCGCCACCAGCUGUCCACGCCACCAGCUGUCCACACCACCAGCUGUCCGCGCCACCAGCUGUCCGCGCCACCAGCUGUCCUCGCCACCAGCUGUCCGCGCCACCAGCUGUCCGCGCCACCAGCUGUCCGCGCCACCAGCUGUCCGUGCCACCAGCUGUCCGCGCCACCAGCUGUCCGCGCCACCAGCUGUCCGCGCCACCAGCUGUCCGCGCCACCAGCUGUCCGCGCCACCAGCUGUCCGCGCCACCAGCUGUCCGCGCCACCAGCUGUCCGUGCCACCAGCCAAGAAUGUUACCACCAACACCACUGCUAAUAAGAUGAGUUCGGAUCCUCGGUGGACAGACCACCGACGUGUAUAG